AUGGAGCAACCUCAAGAAAGGGUGGUUAAAAUUGGAAAAAGGAUCGAGAAAAUGCCGUAUAUUAUCCACGCCGGUCGACUCAUCUUUGCAUCUGCGUUCAUCGUGUCUGCUUUGAGAGAGAUUUAUGGAUUUGACCUUAAUAAUGGUGGAGUAGCUGCCGAUGAGUUAAGACCAAAACUUGGUUUUCUUGAGAACCAGGCAAAGUACAUAGUUGCUCUUGGAAUAGUGAUGAAGGUACUUGGAGCGAUCUGUUUCAUCUUCAACGCCUACAUAGGAGCUUUGAUCUUGCUUGUAUACCAAGCCAUUUUGAGCCCUAUAGUGUACGAUUUCUACAGUCACGAAUUUGAUAGAGAUCAUUUCACCAUGUUCUACAAGAAGUUCCAAGCUUUUGUGAACGAGACGAUAUCAGCUGAUGGUGGAGCGUCCAUGAGCCGAUAUAGCUCCAUAGUUAACGAAGAAUCGCGCCAGAAAUUCAUCGAUCAACUUAACGAGAUUGCAAGACUAGCCAUCUUGAAUCCUCUGUUCACACCAAGCGAGUUUAACACAUUGUUCAUGAGGUUUAUUAAGGGUAUUGGAAUAGUAGCUGCAUUGGCCUUCUUCAUUGCGAUGAAACAUAGACAUGAGGUGCUCAUCGAGAAGACGUCCAAGAAGCAAAAAAUUAACUGA